UAUCAGACCUAUUUAUUGCCAUGUACUGUAUCGGUUUCACUCUCACCGCCCUGUGCCUGCAGCUGCACCCUGCAGCGCUCACUCGCUCACUGACUCACUCCCCUCCCCUGGCCUCCUCCUCCUCCUCCUCUCUCUCUCUCCACUAUCUCCCACAGCCGAACCAACAUGCAGGGGCGCAGCAGGGACGCCGCCACCAUUGCUGCAGCGGUGGCGUGCGCAGCUGUGCUGCUCCUCGGCGACGCCUGGAGCGUCUCGGCGCAGGCGGCGGCGGAGGAGGACAAGAUAAGCGCCCUGCCGGGGCAGCCGCCGGUGGGCUUCGCACAGUACUCCGGUUACAUCCCGGUGGACGCCGCGGGGAAGCGCUCCCUCUUCUACUACUUCGCCGAGGCGGAGGCGGAUCCGGCGGCCAAGCCGCUCGUGCUCUGGCUCAAUGGAGGGCCUGGGUGCUCAUCCGUGGGAGUGGGGGCGUUCUCAGAGAAUGGGCCGUUCAGGCCUAGCGGCAAUGCGCUAACGAGGAACGAGUACAGCUGGAACAAAGAGGCCAAUAUGCUGUAUCUGGAGAGCCCUGCAGGGGUUGGCUUUUCAUACUCCACUGAUCCUGCCUUCUAUGAGGGUGUUGGUGACAGCAUGACAGCCAGAGACAACUUGAAGUUCUUGCAAGGCUGGUUCGCCAGGUUCCCGCAGUACAAGGGCAGGGACCUGUAUAUCACAGGAGAGAGCUACGCUGGCCACUACGUUCCACAGUUAGCCCAGCGCAUGGUUGAGUUCAACAAGAAGGAGAAGCUAUUCAACCUGAAAGGCAUUGCUCUUGGCAACCCUGUGCUGGAGUUCUCCACCGACUUCAACUCGCGGGCGGAGUUCUUCUGGUCGCACGGCCUGAUAUCGGACUCCACCUACAACAUCUUCACGACGGUGUGCAACUACUCGCGGUACGUGAGCGAGUACUACCGCGGCUCCCUGAGCACGGCCUGCGACAGGGUGAUGAGCCAGGUGGCGAGGGAGACGAGCAGGUUCGUCGACAAGUACGACGUCACCCUGGACGUCUGCAUCUCGUCGGUGCUCAUGCAGUCCCAGGUCCUCGUCCCUCAGCAAGGGAGCAGGGAGCUGGACGUGUGCGUGGAGGACGAGACGAUGCGGUACCUGAACCGGAAGGACGUGCAGCAGGCCAUGCACGCGCGCCUCGACGGCGUGCAGAGGUGGACGGUCUGCAGCAGCAGCGUUCUGGAGUACAAGCAGCUGGACCUCCAGAUCCCGACCGUGAACACCGUGGGCGCGCUCGUGAAGGCGGGCAUCCCCGCGCUGGUGUACAGCGGCGACCAGGACUCGGUGAUCCCGCUGACGGGCAGCAGGACGCUGGUGGGGCGGCUGGCGGCCAGGCUCCGGCUCAACGCCACGGCGCCGUACCGGGCCUGGUUCCAGGGGAAGCAGGUGGGCGGGUGGACGCAGGUGUUCGGCGGCGGCGCCCUGUCCUUCGCCACGGUGCGCGGCGCGUCCCACGAGGCGCCCUUCUCGCAGCCCGAGCGCUCGCUCGGCCUCUUCAGGGCGUUCCUCGCCGGACAGCAGUUGCCGGAAUCGUUCCAGUGACGACGGAACGUUCCUCUUCCUCGUCUAGUGUAUGUUCAUUGUAAGCGUGUACGUGCAGCUCACCGUAUGUCGUCAUCAUCCGGCCGCUCGACACUGGCAAAACAACCCAAAUGGGUUCUUGUUCUUCUCCAGGUGUAAUCAGGACGAAAAUAAUAUCAUUGGGAGGGAUGAGAUUGUGUGUCGUCGGAUAUACCGCGGACGGCUUUCAAUGUUGUAGGCUUAGUACAACUGUAAUAUGCACAUGCUGGUUCAAAUUU